AUGUAUUCGGGUGGCUCCAAAUGUUGUCUGUCGUAUUGCACCAGUAUUGCCUUUGGUAAAAAACAAAUCGAAACCAAGUUUCAUCGAUUUCCCAAAGAUCACGUAAGGUGUGCCGUCUGGAUUGAAAAUUGUAAACCAAUCAAUUUACCAACUAUUGACCCUGAUAUUCUAUCAAGAAAUCACAGAUUAUGUUCACUUCAUUUUGAAGAUAAAAUGUACACCAAUUUAAAUAAAACUAGAUUGUCAAAUCAAGCAAUACCAACAUUGUUUAAAAGUAACAUUUUCGUUAGAGAAGACCAAACAUUACGUCGUGUUGAGAUUCCAUCUGGAUAUUUUGCUGAAAAUACAAUGCUAACUGAAAAUGUUUUAAUUGACAGUCCACUGACUUGUUCAACUCCUGUGUCAUUUACUCAUAACUCAUCGACAUGUUCAUCUUCUUCAUCAAUAGAAUCAUGUUCCAUAAGUAUUCAAAGUCCAAACUCAUUAACUGGCAUAACUUCAAGGAAACACGUACGUCAAGGAGGACUCUCCAAUUCUAUGAGCUCAAUUAAGGAACUAGAACAAGAAUUAACAGACCCUACCACUAUUGAAUAUUUUAUGAAAAUGUGUGAACAAUAUUUAUCACCAUCAGUCAACCUUCUAGUUAAAAAUAAUAUUAUAAAUAAAGAAAAGUCAAAAAGUGGGCAACGCUAUUCUAAACAAUUUGCUUUAACAAUAUAUUUUCUAGGCCUUGACGUAUUUAAUUUUCUUCAAAGAUCUUUUUCUCUUCCUUCUAUUCACACUUUAAAAAGAUUAACUUCACAAUAUGAUUUAAAACCUGGCUUAAAUGAUUUCCUAUUUAACUUUUUAGAGUUUAAAAUGAGUAAUUUUCAUGCUGAUGCUUUGGACUGCUUUUUAUGUGUUGACGAAAUAUUGCUAAAACCAAAUUUAUAUUAUAAUAUUACUAAAGAUGAGAUAAUAGGUUUUAACCAAUUAAACUGUUUUAGAACAUAUGAACCUGCUAAAUAUGCUCUUGUCCUUAUGAUCAAAGGAAUCAAAUAUAAUUGGGAACAACCUAUUGCCUAUUAUCUUUUUUCCAACAACUGUUCUGGUCCAGAUCUUAAUUUCAUUAUAUUUUCAACAAUUCGCCGAUUAAGAAAUAUAAAUUUUAAUGUUAGAUGCUUAGUUACAGAUCAAGGGUCAAAUUUCAUUCGCUUUUCUAAUGAUAAUCAUGUUUCUUCUAAGGAACCAUUUUUUGAAAUUGAUGGACAGCAAGUAAUAUAUAUAUUUGAUCCUCCUCACCUGCUUAAAUCAACACGUAACAUGUUUUUUAAAAAUGUAUUCAAAAUAAAUGAAGAUUUAGUAGACAAAAAACAUUUAGAUCAAUUUUACAACUAUUUUAUCAAAAAUAAACUCUCUUUGGCACAUAAAUUAACAUAUUCACAUAUUCAUCCAAGUCCUUUUGAUAAAACAAAACUUCAUUUAGCAGCUCAAGUCUUUAGCGCCACUGUUGCGGCUGGUAUGUCAACAGCAUUAAAUUUUGGAUUAUUACCAGUUGAAUCUCAAAGAACAAUAGAUUUUAUUAAUGACAUGGACCAAUUAUUUGACAUAUUUAAUUCUAGAGAAAUUCAUAACAGUAAAAUUUUUAAAAGUCCUUUUAAUAAUGCUUCACCUCAGUUAGAUCAUUUAAUAAAAAUGACUGAAAUAUUUACAAACUUAAAAGUUAUAGACAAAAAGAAUAAUACUGAUGUUACUAAACAUACACAUUUUAUAAAUGGUUGGUUAGUCUCUAUUUCUGGACUAAAAAUGCUUUGGAAAUCUUUAAAUCCUACCCAAAACAAAACAUAUAACAUUUCUACUGGCCGCUUAAAUCAAAAUUAUCUUGAGAAUAUAUUUGGAAUUUUUCAACGCAGUUCAAAUCCUACUCCUAUCCAAUUUAUUCAAUCUUUUAAAAAAAUAUUUUGGCUUCAAUAUUUUAAACAUAUCCUAGGAGCUAACUGCUUAAAAGACCUUGACCAAGUAUUUACUCAUAUCAAAAAACAACCAACAACUAAUAAAAUGACCAAAUUAUUUGAUUCUGAAGAACAAAAUCAUCUUUUUAAUUUCAAAUCAAUAAAAAUUGGUACUGAUGACUACAGGAAAUUAAAUAUUCCUGAGAGAAAUGCAUGCGCUCUUGUGUCUGGAUAUAUUAUGAAGAAAUGUAUGGAGAAACAUGUAUGUCAGGUUUGUAUAGACUAUGCGAAACAUCAAAAAACAUUAGAUCAGUCCUUUCUCUUAGCUUUCUUUAAAAUUUAUUCUGCAAAUGAUUCUUCCAAUUUCAGUAAACAAUUAAUGCCUAAUGAUGAGUUCUAUAAUUAUAUUAUUCAAUUAGAAGAUGCUUUUAUUGACAAUUUCCCGUCUAUUGCAACUUAUGAUAAUAUCGGGUCCACUUUAAAAGAUUUACUUUGUAAUAUACGUUUCAAACAUCCUUGUGUAUUAUUUAACAAACAAUUUUUAAUAGAUUUAUUUAUACGCUUUAGAAUUUUUACUGCAAUUACAUUUUUAAAUAGGUCUAUGUUGUCUGAAACAAAACGAAAGAAUAGAAAACUAUCUAGUUUAAGACAUUUGUAA